AUGACAGGGACUCGCUGGGGAUUCGUCUGGGGAGAGUUGAAUAGGGAUAGAAAAACAUGUCGACAAGUUAUCGAUCAAUUAAUUACAGAAUACAAACAACUUGUAAUGUCUAUGGAUAUAAAUAUUGAGUCUUUAGCAGCAUUAUCUCCUGAAUAUAUCCUGAAGUUCACUGCUACAGAUGCCGAUAAUAUAAUUAAUAUUCCUGCUAAUGCUAAGUGGUCACCGAACGGAGUGACUAUUGCUGGAGGUAAUAAGGCUGGGUGUGCCACUAAUCAAUUCAACUGGCCUUAUGGUCUCUCCGUUGAUGAUGAUCAAACAGUGGUUAUUGCUGACUGCUGGAAUCAUCGUAUCAUGCAAUGGAAGAAUGGUAAUGCGACGAAUGGACAAGUUGUUGCUGGUGGUAAUGGCGUAGGAAGUCGAUUGAAUGAAUUCAAUCAGCCACUUGAUGUAUUAAUUGACAAAAAGACGGAUAGUCUCAUUAUUUGUGAUAAUGGGAAUCAACGAAUUGUACGAUGGUCUCGUCGUAGUGGUACAACACAAGGUAACAUACUAUUUGAGAAGAUCAAAUGUUAUGGAGUAGCAAUGGAUGAGCAGGGAUAUAUCUACGCUUCUGACCACGGAACAAAUGAAGUAAGACGAUAUCAAUUAGAUCAGAAAAAUGGCGUUGUCGUAGCUGGUAGUUGUAGCACUGGUAGUGGUCUCAAUCAACUCAACUAUCCGACAUAUCUCUUUGUCGAUCGACAACAGAAUGUCUACGUGUCAGACAACCACAAUCAUCGUGUAAUGAAAUGGAAAAAAGGUGCAACAGAAGGUAUUGUGGUCGCUGGAGGUCACGGCAAAGGAUGUGCUCUGACACAAUUAGAUGGUCCUCAAGGACUCUUCGUUGAUGCGUUGGGUACAGUGUAUGUAGCAGACGAGGGGAAUAAUCGUAUAAUGCGUUGGACUCAAGGAGGGCAACAAGGCACUAUAAUUGCAGGUGGAAAUGGUUGGGGAGCACGAGCAAAUCAGUUCAACCACCCCGUUGGUUUGUCUUUCGAUCGACAUGGCAAUCUCUAUGUCGUCGAUUGGGGUAGUGACCGUGUUCAACGAUUUUCUAUCGAAUAA